AUGGUUGUUUUGUUCAAUCAAGAAUUAGAUACUGAAGCGUCUCAUAACUUUAAGAUGACCAAAGAUGAAGGGCUGAAAAUUUUGUGGAAUCAGUUUGUUUUCCCCAAUGGUGACUAUUAUGAGGGAGAGUAUAUUAUGGGGUAUUCAGGAGUAAAACGUCAUGGUGAAGAGAAUGAUACUACUUCGGUGCAGUCGUCGAAACAUCUUGUGAAGUUCAUUCUUAGCUGUCAAAACAAAAAAGAAUUUGAUAUUUCAAUGCUUACUGAUUCAUUCGGGGAGUCAGGGCUAUAUCAUGGUUGCUACACAGGGCAUUGGGUGAAUGAUAUGAUAGAUGGACUUGGAAAAGUGGAGUUUGCUUCCGGAUCCUACUACGAAGGCAACUUCAAAGAAAAUAAAAUGCAUGGAUUUGGUACAUAUUAUUGGCCAAAUGGGUACAUCCUGAAAGCACAGUUUGAACAAAACUACAUCAAACAAGAUUCUGAUGCUGUAAAAGAAGAUAUAGACUCAGGAUAUAAUUAUUUGACAGAGUUACCAUUUUCUACAUUUUCACUGACCGAUUCUGAAGAGAUUAAUCAAACUUUUGAAGAAAUCAAUCAUUUAUUUGAUAGUCAUUUUAAAACAAAUGACAUAUAUGAGCCACUGAAUAUUGAACAGGCAAAAAGUAGAGAAGAUGAGAAAAUUACCAAGGGGAAAAAGAGAAUCAAACUAUUGGAUACAAUAUUAAAUAGUAAACUGAGGGAGGAAAAGGAGGUUAAAGAGAAAACUCGAAUUUUACAUAGAGAAAUUGAAAAUGAAUUCAUUAAUCUAUUAUAUCCUAAUAUAAAAUCUAUUCAAAAACUAAAAAAUAUGGAAAAACAUAACAGUCAGUUGGAUAACGUUGGAGAAAAUCCAAAUCAACUGGUAUUAGCCAGUGAUACAUUUGAGCAAUUCAAUCCUCUUUCAAAUGAAAUAUGUCGAAAUAUUAAAAAAUUUUUAAAAUCAAAUGAGUUACAGUCAUCACUGUGUGGUGAUACCAAAGUGAAUAAGAAAAAAGGCAAAUUUAUACAUCAGAAUGGUGUGGCUGUAGACGAUAAAGAAGAAAGCGGAUUUUCAUCUAAUUCUAUUUUCAAAACGGAGUGUAUAAGUAGAGCUGAAAUGCUCAUGGAGAAGGAAAAAGAAGAAAGAAUAAAUAGGUUACUUGAUGAAGGGACUGGCGUGAAUUCAAGUACAUUCUCAGAAGAUAAUCAAUUGAGGCAGUCAGAAUAUCAUCAGAAUUCAUCUUUUACAGAAUGUGUAUUUAAUCCAUUCAAUAAGAAAUCAAAAGGAAGCGAUAAGAAUUUUAUUCAACGUAAUAUUGAGUUGGCCUCCCGAUGGAUGGAUGUUAUGCCAAUGACAGCUGAAGAAGAGGCACGUAUUGAAGAACUCUUGGCUGAUCAAGAUGAAGAUGCUGCUAAUAAAGAAGGAAGUAUUAUUCCUCAGAAUGCCUUAAAUGAAAAUGAAGAUGCAUCGUAUGUUGCUCACAUCUCACCGAAUAGGCAUAACUGUCAACCAAAAAGAAAUUCACCUGGUCCAUUAUGGCCACAUUUAAAAGCGACAAGGAGAAACAGUCAGUCAAUGAAUAAGGGUCAACAGGAUGUUUCAGAUGUCAGUGGACAAAGCUUUCAUAAUGACCAACAAUCAAUUAACCAGUUGGUAGUGAAAGAAGCCAACAACCAGCUAGAUAAUCAAACACUUGGUAUGUUAUCUCGUUUGAAUGAAAUCAACGAACAACUUGAAAAGUUACAAAUUCAAAGAAAAUUAGACGGUGAAACGUCUGUGGACAUAAUUUCAUCCACAAUGUCAUCCCAACAGGAAAAUAAGGCACGGAGAGACUCAAUUCAUCCAGGAGAAUGUACCUUGAUGACUCAUCAAGAAAUCCGUGAAAUGAAUGAACGUCUUAACGAGCUUGAUACUCGAUUGGCUCAGAUACAACAGACUAACGCUGAAGAGCUGAGCACAAUUAUGUUUUUAAUUGCUUACACUAAAUUAUGGAGUAAUUCAUCAAGUAAUGCAGUACAAUUGGAAGUUGAUUUGAACAUAUUAGCGCCUAAUAAUUUAUAG